CUUGCACCAAUUUGUACCGCAUCGGGGUACUAAGUCAUGGAGCCGAAUCCAUUAUCCUGUGGCCAUUGUGGGGAGACGUUCCAACGCCGUGAGCACCGCGAUCGACACGUCCUACGACACACGGGCCUCAAGCCGUUUCAGUGCAACGUCUGCUCCAAGUCAUUCUCUCGCAAUGCACGGCAAGAUGAUAGUGAUACUAUAAUCGUUGGAGAGUCAUCCCAAGGCCAAGACAUCGCUGCUUCAUCGCCCCUCACAGCUCAAGGCGCAGACUUCCAGGAGGAAGCGUUUAUACCUGGUGACCUUCAUGUCGCUUCAGAAGAAUGGGACAAUCCUCGUUCUAUUCCCUCUAAUACGAGUGGAAUGCCGACGAUAGCAUCAAGCACCAUAUACACAACAGUCCCAGAUACUUCUUCCAGCUGGGCUUAUCUUCCAACCUUGCCCGAUGCUUUUCCUUUCAGCGGGGAUAUUGGCAGUCUUGAUGCCAUAUCAAAUAGUCCAUGGAUGUCUUGGAAUCCUGCGAUGGCUCAUUUCUCCUUUCCCUGGUUCAUGGACGAAUUGGAGAUACCACUUGAGCUACCGGAUAUGGUACAUCCUCCCUCAGAUGCAGCACAUCACGCAACCUCGGCUCAACAGACUGCAACUGGCCCGGCUUCUACCAAGACUUAUUUAAGUCCUGAACAUAUAUGCUCUCCUUAUGCGCUGCCAUGCCGUUCAUUCCCAGAGCUGCAAGCCAUGAGUUUGCAAAUGGCUGGGGCCGAAGUCUUUGGAUAUAUCCAUGAGCUACCUAGACAGGCCGUAGAGGACUUGAACAACUUCUACAAGACGCAGCGAAGAGACUCAACAGUACUAGUAAUUCCUGAAGACAUCCUACACGCCUUCGUAGAACUAUACUUUGAGUAUUUCGAUUCCCAGUUCCCUUUUCUUCAUCCAUCUCGCUUGGAGGACCCAGAUCUCCCAUGGGUUUUGUUAUUAGCCGUCGCAGCGGUCGGAAGCCAUUAUUCUGAGAUUCAAGGCGCAGACGAGUAUAGCUCUGCGUUAUCUGACCUACUAGCCCGAGCUGUUGAACUCACUGUAAGUAGAGUCACAGAUGGCAAGGCACUGUAUUACGUGGUAUCUAACCCUCAAGCCUCAGGCUCACACAGAGACAAGAUCGUUCUGCAGCAUAGGCGAAGUAGCCUAGCGACGAUGUGCUGGGACCUCAUUGGCAAGGCUGACAAACGCAGACACUCGCGUCAGGGUGAGCUUGACAACGAAGCAGCAUGGCAAGCUUGGAUCACUGAGGAGAGUGAACUACGUCUAGCCACUUGUUCGUCAUUUGCCUCAUACUUGAACUCCUCAGCAAAUAGUGAUACUCAACACGCACCAAACCCUUCGUUUCACAGACCUGACACCAGUAGGAGCGAAAAUGCUCUUCUAGACACGACUAUCGAACAACUGACCUUAAAAAACACGUCGAACCCUGGAGAGUGUACAGACACAAUUUUACAUGUCAUUGCAAUCCUGAGGUUGAUUCCGCUUGAGACUUUACACUCUGCUACAGGCUGGGAGACGAACAAAGAGCAGAUGUUCAAGUCAAAGAUGCACCUGAACGACUUCUUCAAGAAUAGCGGCGUAAAGGCGCGAAAGGGCUUAUGGCAUGCUACCUGCAUCUUCAAAACAACGCGGAGUUCUCGUCGCCUUGCGUGCUACGAUGCGCUUAGUCUUACGGUGGCGAUGGAUUAUAUAUACUGCUACAGCGAAACAUGCGCAUCUUUGUCACAAACUUCAACACGGCCUUUGAUUACCCGUCUUGAUCAGCUACAAGGGAGAGACGCUAUUGGUCGAUGGAUUGAGCAUGGCGGUGAUAACGUGGUUCACUUGACCGGCGUUGGAAUACUGGAUGGCUCUGAUCAUUGUGUUCGUUUCCUUCGAGAUCUGGAGAGGACGCUUGUAUCUCAGAUUGCGUGGCGUGGGUUCUGUCGAGCUUUUGCUAGUAGUUUUGCUCAGUUGAGGCGUGGUGAGACGCCGACGAAGGGCUCGAGGGAGUACGAUAAUGCUGAAUAA